UCCAUAGGUUUCUUUAGUCUGCGGGUUGCCAGAAUUUAUGCUCAGCCCAACCAGGGGAGGAGGGGAGCCUCUGGCCCUGCGCCGCCUCCCGGAGACCCCGCGGGAGCUCUGUGCGCCGGCUGGAGGCCAUCGGUGGGGCUGCGGGCUGCUCUCACACCCCACCGGCCCGCUGCGGCUGGGGGUGGGCGCGCUGAGCCUUGCGCGGAUUGGCUACCGCCUCCGCCCCCCGCCCCGGGCGCCGCGCAGCCCCGGGGAAGUUGCUAGUUGGCGCGCGGGCUGCGGGGCCGCGGCUCCCAGAUCCGCAGCGGGUUCGCCUAGGCUGCCACAGCCCUGCACUAAGCUCCCCUGUCCUCACCUUGGCAGCUGCGGCUUGCUCCUCCCUACUACCUGUUUCCCUGGCUCUCCCGCCUCCAUCCUGAGCUCCGCAACUUCGACCUCCGAGUCUGGCCUCCCCUCCCGGCAUCCCGCCUGCCGGCGCCCUUCCUCCUUUGUUGUGCGAUGAGGGUCCGGUUUCCCAUCUGACCAAGGAACCUCUGCCGCGCGGAGCCGCGGGCAUGGAGCCGCUUAGCCACCGGGGCCUGCCGCGCCUCUCUUGGAUCGACACCCUCUACAGCAACUUCAGCUACGGUGCGGAGGACUACGACGCAGAGGGGCAUGAGGAGCAGAAGGGGCCCCCCGAGGGCUCGGAGACCAUGCCGUACAUCGACGAGUCACCCACCAUGUCGCCCCAGCUCAGCGCCCGCAGCCAAGGUGGUGGGGACAGCGUCUCGCCCACCCCACCUGAGGGAUUGGCACCUGGGCCCAUGAAACCCCUGAAGGCCACAGCCACCACCUCCCAGCCUGUGCUCACCAUCCAACAGAUUGAGACCAUCUUCUACAAGAUCCAGGACAUCUACGAGAUCCACAAGGAGUUCUACGACAACCUCUGCCCCAAGGUGCAGCAGUGGGACAGCCAGGUCACCAUGGGCCAUCUUUUCCAGAAACUGGCCAGCCAGCUUGGCGUGUACAAAGCAUUUGUGGAUAACUAUAAAGUCGCUCUGGAGACAGCCGAGAAGUGCAGCCAGUCCAACAACCAGUUCCAGAAGAUCUCUGAGGAACUCAAAGUGAAAGGGCCCAAGGACUCUAAGGACAGCCAUACAUCAGUCACCAUGGAAGCUCUGCUGUACAAGCCAAUUGACCGAGUCACCCGGAGCACCCUGGUCCUUCACGAUCUGUUGAAGCACACACCCGUGGACCACCCGGACUACCCGCUGCUUCAGGAUGCUCUCCGCAUCUCCCAGAAUUUCCUGUCUAGCAUUAACGAGGACAUUGAUCCUCGCCGGACUGCAGUCACAACCCCCAAGGGAGAGACUCGGCAGCUGGUGAAGGACGGCUUCCUGGUGGAAAUGUCUGAGAGCUCCCGGAAGCUGCGGCAUGUCUUUCUCUUCACAGAUGUUCUGCUGUGUGCCAAGCUAAAGAAGACCUCAGCAGGAAAGCAUCAGCAGUAUGACUGUAAGUGGUACAUCCCUCUGGCUGACUUAGUGUUCCCAUCCCCUGAGGAGUCAGAGGCCAGUCCCCAGGUGCACCCCUUCCCAGACCACGAGCUCGAGGACAUGAAAACGAAGAUCUCUGCCCUCAAGAGUGAGAUCCAGAAGGAGAAAGCCAACAAAGGACAGAGCCGAGCCAUUGAGCGCCUCAAAAAGAAGAUGUUUGAGAAUGAGUUCUUACUGCUGCUCAAUUCCCCAACGAUCCCUUUCCGGAUACACAAUCGGAAUGGAAAGAGUUACCUGUUUCUUCUGUCUUCUGACUAUGAGAGGUCGGAGUGGAGAGAAGCGAUUCAGAAGCUACAGAAGAAGGAUCUCCAGGCCUUUGUCCUGAGCUCUGUGGAGCUCCAGGUGCUCACGGGAUCCUGUUUCAAGCUUAGGACUGUGCACAACAUUCCUGUCACCAGCAAUAAAGAUGAUGAUGAGUCUCCAGGACUGUACGGCUUCCUUCAUGUCAUCGUCCACUCUGCCAAGGGCUUUAAACAGUCAGCCAAUCUUUACUGUACUCUGGAGGUGGAUUCCUUUGGCUAUUUUGUCAGCAAAGCCAAGACCAGGGUGUUUCGGGACACGACAGAGCCCAAGUGGGAUGAGGAGUUUGAGAUUGAGCUGGAGGGUUCACAGUCCCUGAGGAUCCUGUGUUAUGAGAAGUGCUACGACAAGACCAAGGUCAACAAAGACAACAAUGAGAUUGUGGACAAGAUCAUGGGCAAGGGGCAGAUCCAGCUGGAUCCACAGACAGUAGAAAGCAAGAACUGGCAUACGGACGUGAUUGAAAUGAAUGGGAUCAAAGUGGAAUUCUCCAUGAAAUUUACCAGCCGUGACAUGAGCCUGAAGAGGACCCCAUCCAAAAAGCAGACAGGCGUCUUUGGAGUGAAGAUCAGCGUGGUGACCAAGCGGGAGCGCUCCAAGGUGCCCUACAUCGUCCGGCAAUGCAUAGAAGAGGUGGAGAAGAGGGGCAUUGAGGAGGUUGGCAUCUACAGGAUAUCAGGGGUGGCCACGGACAUCCAGGCCCUGAAGGCUGUCUUUGAUGCCAAUAACAAGGACAUCCUACUGAUGCUGAGCGACAUGGACAUCAACGCCAUCGCUGGGACCCUCAAGCUAUACUUUCGGGAGCUGCCUGAGCCCCUCCUUACAGAUAGACUUUAUCCAGCCUUCAUGGAGGGCAUUGCCCUGUCAGACCCUGCUGCCAAGGAGAACUGCAUGAUGCACCUACUCCGCUCCCUGCCUGACCCCAACCUCAUCACCUUCCUUUUCCUGCUGGAACACUUGAAAAGGGUUGCUGAGAAGGAGCCCAUCAACAAGAUGUCACUUCACAACCUUGCCACGGUGUUUGGCCCCACGUUACUGAGACCAUCAGAAGUGGAGAGCAAAGCACAUCUCACAUCAGCUGCAGACAUCUGGUCCCAUGAUGUCAUGGCCCAGGUCCAGGUCCUCCUCUACUACCUGCAGCAUCCCCCCAUUUCCUUCGCAGAACUGAAGCGGAACACACUGUACUUCUCCACAGACGUGUAGCCUGGGGUGGGCAGCUGUGGGGGCGGCCAGGGGCCAGCCCUCCAGCCGGGCCCCGACAUAGACUUGAAAGACUGCAACAGAAACUCCCCAGCCUAGCACUCCAGAGUCCAAGGGAAGCCACCUUCCAAGAACUGGAACAUGUGCAUCUUUUGUGCCACCUUGUACAAAGCCAGCUGACCAGCCCCCGCCUCCUCACCACACCCCAGCUCCUAUCUUCUGUACCCGAGUGUGUCUGAUGCUCCGUGCUGUCCAGGAAUUGUUUUAUGUAUUAUUGUCAUUGCAGAAAAGGUAGUGGCCGAGCUGGUAUGGGCACAGACAGAUUGCUUUGUUCUUUCAUUUCUCCCAGCACUCACUUUCUGCCUGAGUCCGGUCCAAGGACUUUUACUUUGCGCUUCGUAACUACUGCCAGCUUCUCCUCUCCUGGCCCUGCUCCCAGAUUGCAGCCUCCCUGCAGUGUCUGCCCUUGCCACCUCCCAGCCUGCUGCAUGCAUGUGCAGCAUGGGCUUUUGCUCCAUCACCGCAAAGUUCUGCAGGGGCCCUGGGCAGUGCUGGCCUGUCUGACGUGCUGCCCUUGGCCUCCUUGCUCUCCACGUGUGGAAGCGCAUCUGCUUUCCUUGCUGUCUGUGCAAAUGCUGAACAAGGAGACAGACACACACUAAUCCUCAGCACAGAGCUGGAAAGCUCAUUUCUGGAAUGUUCUAUUUGAGAAUUGCCAUUUCUGGGGUUUGUCUGUUCUAUCUCCUGCCUACCAGUCGGUAUCUUCAGCUGUUUCUUCUAUUGCUGGAUUUUCUGUUCCUUUUCCCCAGUGUUCUGUUUUCUUUGAGUGUAAUGACCCACAAGUGUCCUGCCAUUAAGAGAGGUCAGGAUUGCACCUGAAGGGUAUGGUGGGCACCCAGGCUGUGAAGGAACAAGAUGAGUGGAGCGGCCAGCAGUGGCAAGUCAAGGGAAGCCAGUCUUCAGUGUAAGGACCCGCAGUGGCUAUCCUAGUGUACAUUCUCCUGGAGAGCAGCUUCUGUGGCUGAAUCAGGUGUCCAGGUGAAGACAGGCCCUGUCCUGGAACCUGGAAUCACACAUACCUCGUGGUACUUUUGCCUUAGAUUUUACACUCUCAACAGCCAAGCACUGCCACGGGGCAGCCACAAUGCCAUGCGUGCUCCAGAGCCUAGGAACAGCAGACAGAACCCAGUUGGAAUGCUUCUACCCUGGCUUCUAAAUUCAGGCCUGUGGGUAAUCCCAAGUAUACAGGAAAUUGUGGGGUAGGCUGUCUCUCGUGAAUUGAGUUCUGCUGGGGCUAUAGAGCAUCGGGUCGGCAGCUGUCAUUCCCAGCUCUGUGACCUACUGCUUGGUACUAAAAAGGAGUUUUCUUCCAAAAGCACUGUUUCCAGUCUGAGUAGGAGCUACCAGCCUGUGGCAAUCAGCAGGGAAAGACAGGUGCUCCUGUCAUAGGGGCUUGAGCUACCACAGCUACCACACAGCUUUCUGGAUCUUCUAUAUGGCAGUUCAUUCUUGGCCCUCAGGAUUGGGGAGACCAGCUCUCAUUGUGUGUGCUCAGGGCUAAGUCUAAACAAGGGUUUGCUGGCCCCCAAGCUGUUGUUUGUUAGGUGAGGUUAAGUAGGGCUCUUCUGGUCCUGUGCAUACCUAUUGCCUUUGACAGAACGGUACAGUUUGUUUAUGCAGGAGGAUGGCAUGCCAACUUCCCAGCUGCCUACUAGCAGUUUAACAAGGAGCCUUGCUGUCUCAGACAGGUGAAAGAAAAUGUCAUGCAUGUAAAGAUCACAUCUGCCACUACCUUGGCACUCAGGUGCUGGUAUGUGCAUUCUUGCUUCCAAAGGAUUGACAGUAACAAAUUCUCAAAGCUUGACUGGAGCUGGCUGCAGCUCAAAACAGUGCCUCCUGCCUCUUUAGAGCGGGGCUGCUCGGCAGCAGUGACUGCAGCCCCAGCUUGCUUAAGCAGUGUAACAGCAGGGAAGCGGGAGGAGCUGAGAACUAUUAGAAGUUCCUAUUAUUUAUAAAUUCCACCCAAAGUGGACAGAGUCAGGUGCCAGACCUGAUCUGAAGUGCACCAAGGAAGUAUCUGGUGGUUCUCCUGAGAUGGGGGCCUUGCAGCCCAGCACCCCCUCACUGCCAGCAGGGCACCAGGAGACAGGGUCCAGGAAUCCAGGUAUGCCUGUACUUGCUUGAGCAACGACUGAGGGCUGCCAGCUUUUGCUGACAAGGUAGGAUGGGACCCCCAAUAAGUGGGUAUGGAUAUAUUUUUUUUUGUCUCUGUUCUGUUUAAACUUAUGUAGAUUAUUAUAAAUUGAUGUAAACCAUGUGAGAGGGAAAUGUUAAUAAAAAAAUUGCAAAGCCUCAACAUUUGCACAAAACUCA